AUGGCGGAGCGGGACGAGCAGUGUCGCACCCCUCCCGUGCUGUCCCCACGGCUGUCGCUGUCCCCCCAGCCCCUGCACCCUCUCCAAGGGGGUGUCCCCGCUGGGGCGGGCUUGAGGAGCAUCCCGGUGCUCCGAACCCUCCGGAUAGCCAUGGGGACGAGCUGGAGCGCCCUCGGUGUGUCCCAGCGCCACCUCAACCGGGGCCUGUCCCCGCUGUCCCCUGCGGGAGGGACCCGCGGCCGCUCGGUGUGCACUGUGGGCACUGCCAGGGCCCUGGGUGUCACCAGAGGUGACAGCUCUGCUCUGGCUCUGCCACCUCCAGUGUUGGCACUGAUGGCUUUGCUGUGGCUGCUCGUGCUGCUGGCCCUGGCUGGGCCCAUGAGGGGCAACUGGGACACUUGCAAGGGCACCUGCGGGCUCCGGCCCUUGAAUUCCGACCACAGCUCUGCUGGCACGUCCCAUGUGGGUGGCACCAGUGUCCAGCCUGGGGCCUGGCCCGGCAUCGUCAGCAUCCAGGCCACCUGGGAGAACGGCACGUGGCACAUGUGCACGGGUGUCCUCCUCAGCUCCCAGUGGGUGCUCACGGUGGCACACUGCUUCGCCAGGGCCGGGGGCAUCUCCACGUGGGACGUGGUGAUUGGGGCCACACAUCUGAGACAGCGAGGCCCCGGGGCUGUGGUGAGACGCAUCCAGAGGCUCCUGAUGCAUCAGCGGUAUGUGACUACCACGGCCAGGAACGACAUUGCCCUGGUGGAGCUGGACCAGCCCGUGGAGUGCAGCGACUACAUCCAGCUGGGCUGCGUGCCCGACCCCUCACUCAGGGUCUCAGAGCUGAAAUCCUGCUACAUCGCCGGCUGGAACUUUGCCAGAGCUCAGGGAGCAGCCAUGGUGCUGCAGGAGUCCAAGGUUCACCUCAUGGACACCGAGCUCUGCAACAGCAGCCGGUGGUACGCGGGGGCUGUUCAUGCUGACAACCUCUGUGCUGGGUACCCACAGGGCGGCAUCGACACCUGCAAGGGGGACAGCGGGGGUCCCCUCGUCUGCAAGGACAAUGCAGCUGACUACUACUGGCUGGUGGGAUUGCACAGCUGGGGAAGAGGCUGUGACAGAGCCAGGCACCCCGGGAUCUACACCUCCACUCAGCACUUCUACAACUGGAUCCUGCUCCAGACGAGCCUGAGCCCUGCAGACAUAAGUGGCACAGCACCAGAGCCGAGGUGUGCCCCGACUCCUAAGGCAGAGCUCACCAUGGCUUCUGAGGAGGCCCCGACACCAGGGCCACAACAAGAGGCGCAAACAGAGCCAACACCAGUGCCAGAGCCCACGCCAGAGCUGGUGGUGCCAGGGCCACAGCCGGUAACAGACCUGACACCAGCGCCAGGGCUGGUGACAGAGCUGAUGCCGGAGCCCGAGUUAGUGCCAGUGCCAGUGCCAACCCCAGAGCCAGAGCUGAUGCCAGAGCCCGAGCCAGUGCCACUGCCAGUGCCAACCCCAGAGCCAGAGCUGAUGCCAGAGCCCGAGCCAGUGCCACAGCCAACCCCAGAGCCAGAGCUGGUAACAAACCUGGUACCAGUGCCAGUGCCAGAUUUAACGCCAGAGCCAACGACAGUGCCUACAACGGUGCCGACGACAGUGCCGACGACAGUGCCCACGACAGUGCCCACGACAGUGCCGACAACGGCGCCGACGACAGCGCCGACGACAGCGCCGACAACAGUGCCGGUGCCAGAGCCAUCGCUAGUGCCAGAGGCGACACCAGAGCCAGAGGAGGAGACAGAGUUGGUGCCCGAGCCGGAGGCAGAGCUGCCGCCGGCGCCGACGACACCAGAGCCAACCAUCCCCCCGGAGCCCGAGGAGCCGGCCCCGACCCCCGAACCAGAACCGACACCGGCAGCUAACAGGCGCCUGCUGAUCUCGGUGCCGUACCAGAGCCUGCUGCAGUUCUGCAACCUGCUGAGGGAUUUCCUGCAGUUCCUGAGGAGCCAGCUGGGCUGA